GAGAAAACCUAAUCGAAGAAAAAGAAAAGAAAAUUCAAUAACUCUCUCUCUCCUUUCUAUUUUAAAAUUUUUCACUGAAAACUGAAAAUCAGCGAUCUUGAGCUAGGGUUUUGAAUUGAUAAAGUCUAAAUACAAUCGAAGUGAAUCUUUCAAGAAUGUUAAUUAGAGAUUUGAAUUCGUUUGAAUUUUAGCUCCGAUCUUGAAAUUAGGGCUUGGUAGAUUGAGAAAUGGACUUGGACGCGUCGAUGGCGGCGACCGAUCACGAUCCGGCGGUGCAGAGCGCUAAUUCGGCGCCAACAGAAAUGGACGGGGAACAGAUAGGGGAGCAGUCGCAGCAGCCGGCAGGAUCUCAGGAUACGUCAACGGCGGCGGUUACGGGUUCUAGUACCACUACAACGGCCCCGCAGCAAGUAGCGCAGGCACAACAGCAGAGUCCGGUGGCGGGGCCGAGACAUGCGCCCACUUAUUCGGUGGUGAAUGCGAAUAUGGAUAAGAAAGAGGAUGGGCCUGGGCCUAGGUGUGGGCAUACCUUGACUAAUGUGGCUGCUGUCGGAGAAGAAGGGACGCCUGGGUAUAUUGGACCAAGGUUGAUCUUGUUUGGUGGUGCCACGGCACUUGGGGGAAAUUCUGCCUCUACUGGGACUCCUUCUUCUGCUGGGAGUGCUGGAAUCAGACUAGCAGGCGCCACCGCUGAUGUUCACUGUUAUGAUGUAUUAACAAAUAAAUGGACUAGGAUUACUCCAUUUGGAGAACCUCCCACACCAAGGGCUGCCCAUGUGGCAACUGCUGUGGGAACUAUGGUAGUAAUUCAGGGUGGAAUUGGUCCAGCUGGUUUGUCUGCUGAGGAUCUUCAUGUCCUUGACCUAACACAGCAGCGGCCGCGGUGGCAUAGAGUGGUUGUUCAAGGCCCAGGACCAGGCCCACGAUAUGGGCAUGUGAUGGCUUUGGUGGGGCAAAGGUAUCUCAUGGCAAUUGGAGGGAAUGAUGGAAAAAGGCCUUUGUCUGAUGUAUGGGCCCUGGACACAGCUGCCAAGCCUUAUGAAUGGCGUAAACUAGAACCAGAAGGGGAAGGCCCACCACCAUGCAUGUAUGCAACUGCAAGUGCUCGUUCAGAUGGUCUGCUUCUGCUUUGUGGUGGGAGGGAUGCAAACAGUGUGCCACUUGCAAGUGCUUAUGGACUUGCUAAACACAGAGAUGGCCGUUGGGAAUGGGCAAUUGCUCCUGGCGUCUCGCCAUCUCCAAGAUAUCAACAUGCAGCAGUCUUUGUAAAUGCAAGGCUCCAUGUAUCUGGAGGGGCACUUGGUGGUGGUCGAAUGGUAGAAGAUUCAUCAAGUGUUGCUGUGUUGGAUACUGCAGCAGGAGUUUGGUGUGAUACAAAAUCUGUGGUCACCAGUCCAAGAACUGGCAGGUACAGUGCUGAUGCUGCUGGUGGAGAUGCUGCAGUUGAGUUAACAAGGCGUUGCCGGCAUGCAGCUGCUGCAGUUGGUGACUUGAUUUUUAUUUAUGGCGGCUUACGUGGCGGGGUGUUGCUUGAUGACCUACUUGUUGCUGAAGAUCUGGCUGCUGCUGAAACAACAAGUGCAGCUUCCCAUGCUGCAGCUGCAGCCGCUGCAUCCAAUGUACCAGCAGGUCGGGCACUUGGAAGAUACGGAUUUGUGGAUGAAAGAACUAGGCAAACCAUGCCUGAAGCAGCACCUGAUGGUUCUGUUGUGCUGGGCAAUCCAGUUGCUCCUCCAGUAAAUGGUGACAUGUACACUGAUAUAAGCACAGAGAAUGCCAUGCUUUCUGGACCAAGGAGGACAAACAAAGGUGUUGAGUAUUUGGUUGAAGCAGCAGCUGCAGAAGCGCGGGCUAUCAGUGCCACUCUGGCUGCUGCCAAGGCACGGCAAGUUAAUGGAGAAGUUGAACUACCUGAUAGAGAUCGUGGGGCAGAGGCUACUCCUAGCGGGAAACAAAUAUCUGCUUUGAUUAAGCCUGAUUCUGCUGGAUCAAACAACAUCACUCCUGCUGGAGUUCGGUUACAUCACAGAGCUGUUGUUGUAGCUGCUGAGACUGGUGGGGCUUUAGGUGGCAUGGUCAGACAGCUUUCAAUUGAUCAGUUUGAAAAUGAAGGCAGGCGGGUAAGUUAUGGGACCCCUGAGAGUGCAACGGCAGCUAGGAAACUACUGGAUCGACAAAUGUCCAUCAAUAGUGUGCCAAAAAAGGUUGUGGCACAUCUCUUAAAGCCUCGUGGUUGGAAACCUCCAGUUCGCCGGCAGUUUUUCUUAGAUUGCAAUGAAAUAGCAGAUCUUUGUGACAGUGCUGAAAGGAUAUUUUCAAGUGAAUCAAGUGUUUUACAGCUUAAGGCUCCUAUCAAGAUAUUUGGUGAUUUGCAUGGGCAAUUUGGGGAUCUGAUGCGCCUUUUUGAUGAAUAUGGUUCACCUUCAACUGCUGGUGACAUUGCAUAUAUCGACUAUCUGUUCCUAGGUGAUUAUGUUGAUCGUGGCCAGCACAGCUUGGAGACCAUAACUCUUCUGCUUGCUCUGAAGGUUGAGUAUCCCAGCAAUGUACAUUUAAUUCGUGGGAACCAUGAAGCUGCAGAUAUCAAUGCCCUUUUUGGAUUCCGGAUUGAGUGCAUUGAGCGAAUGGGUGAGAGAGAUGGAAUUUGGGUUUGGCAUCGGAUAAAUCGAUUGUUCAAUUGGCUUCCUUUGGCAGCACUAAUUGAGAAGAAAAUCAUUUGUAUGCAUGGUGGUAUUGGUCGGUCAAUAAAUCAUGUGGAACAGAUUGAGAAUCUUCAACGUCCAAUUACCAUGGAAGCAGGUUCAAUUGUGCUUAUGGAUUUGUUAUGGUCUGAUCCAACAGAAAAUGACAGCGUGGAAGGAUUGCGACCAAAUGCUAGGGGUCCAGGGCUGGUAACAUUUGGGCCUGAUCGUGUUAUGGAGUUCUGCAAUAACAAUGAUCUUCAGUUGAUUGUACGUGCCCAUGAAUGUGUGAUGGAUGGCUUCGAGCGUUUUGCUCAAGGACAUUUAAUUACACUUUUCUCAGCCACCAAUUAUUGUGGUACUGCAAAUAAUGCAGGGGCAAUCUUAGUUUUGGGAAGAGACCUUGUGGUGGGUCCCCAACACAUUCAUCCUUUACCACCAGCAAUUUCAUCACCAGAAGCUUCACCCGAACGUCAUAUCGAAGAUACAUGGAUGCAGGAGUUGAAUGCUAACAGACCUCCUACACCAACUAGAGGCCGUCCUCAAGUAACAAAUGAUCGUGGCUCUCUUGCUUGGAUAUAAUAGAUGCUUCUGAUUUUUACACAUGCUCAUUCCGAGCUUGUGCAUUCACCCUGGGUUUCUGUCAUCUGUAUAGAGCAUGAUGCCACAUCCAGGAAUUCCCACACUUGCGACCGCCGUUCCUGAGAAAUUUCUAGGCUUUCUGAUUUUUGAUUUUAAGGCAGAGUUGCUAGGCCUUGAGAUGGUUGCUACACAAGUUUGAGAACCAGGUUGCAGGCACGGCGGUUAGGUUCACUUUGUUGUGCUAAAGGUUGCAGAUCUGAAUGACUUGCCCAUUGUAAAUUGAGCCACAAACAGGUAGAAAGUCUUCCAGGUUUAUUUUCACGGGUUGGUAGUGCUGGGUAUUUUCACAUUAGUUUUUCUUAUAUUUUUUUCUCAUUCCUUGUUUUAGGCCUAAUAUUUAUUUUUAUAUUUUUGCUUUUCAUUCUGUUUAUGAGGGCACGAGGUCCUUACAUUGAUGGUGAGAUAUAUAUUGUCUAAAAUCUUUGUAUUAUAGAGGUGUUAUGUAAUUCUCAUUUCUGCUCUUUGUGCAAUAUAAUUUGUGAGGAUAAGAGGCUUCUUGGGUCU